UAACUCCAUAUAAUUCAUAAUAUAAAUCUCCACCCGUUUUCAGACAGAUCCUUUCUGCUCUGCUAGGAUUGGUGGACUGCAACGUGAGAACUAGCUAUUAGCCAAUCCUAGCGCAGGGCACGUGGUAGUUACUAGCCAAUCACAGCGUUAGCGGCGGAUUGGGCCUUUUGGCGUUACAUAUUGAAGAACACGUAUGGUUUAGAGCAGGUAUGUCAUGGCGGACUGUGGUGUGAGUGUUACAAGGCGGGUGGACGCGCUGUCCGCAGCGCGCGGGAGGGCUGGAGGCGGCGGGGAGAGGGGAGCCUCGGCCCGGCGGGGCAGUAUGAGCAGAGCGGAGUACUGCCGGGAGCUGCAGGAGUGGAUGUGGCAGUACUACUGCGGGUACUGUAGCUGGCAGAGCUGGGCGGCCGUGUCUGCGCUGUCUCUCCCCGCGUGUUUCCCCGCAGCAGCCGGUGCUCCAGCACCGCCCACGUGGGGGGCAGAUUUACCCGCCGGGGUCGCAGCCUUGCCCGGCCAGCUGUCCGCUGUUACCCACGCUGGAAGCGCCGGAUACAGGGGAGGAGGAGGGGGCAGCACCACGCCUGUUCAGCCCGUCCAGCACCACCAACAGCAGCAGCAGAAUGGGAAUGCCCCACAGCCAGGUCGAGAAUAUUUCAUUCCUUCUCCUCUACAGCGGUUCCUGGCUGAGAUGGUGGAUUUCUUUAUUCUGUUCUUUAUAAAAGCGACCAUCGUCCUCAGCAUCAUACACCUGAGUGGGAUGAGGGAUCUGUCAAGAUUUGCCAUGCACUUCAUUGUGGAAGAAAUAGAUGAAGACACGUCAAUGGAGGAUCUGCAGAAAAUGAUGCUGGUGGCUCUGGUGUAUCGGAUAUUGGUUUGCUUCUAUGAGGUUGUAUGUAUUUGGGGAGCUGGUGGUGCCACUCCAGGAAAGUUUCUGCUUGACCUAAAAGUGGUUACCUGUGACACCUCGGUCUUAGUGCAACCCAAUCGGGUCCGUGUGGUUCCGGCAACAGACGUCAGUCUGUCUGCGUCGACUGUACGGGCCUUGAACAAGAACUUCUCCAUCGUGUUUUUCUUCCCAGCAUUCAUCACGCUGCUCUUUUUCCAGCACAACAGAACUGUGUAUGAUAUUGUGGCGGGCACAAUUGUGGUGAAGAGAAACCGGCCUAGAUGAUCUCUGGUUAUCUCUCGCUAGAGAGCAUGGAUGCAAAUGGUGGACCUUCUUAGAAAAAAAGGCCAGAGAGAGAGAGAGAACUUGUCCGAUCUGAUCUGAUCUGAGCUGUUCCAAGAUGUUGUUGGAACCCCACACGCCUCCUCCGAUACAUGUGAAGUCAGCCACCGCCUCUUUUCCAACUGCUACUGAUACAGAAUUGCCGAGUAGCAUCACAGUGCGCUCAGAGGAAAGCGCAGCGACUCGGUUCCGAUACAUCAGCUCUCGGACGCAGCCUUGUGCUAAUCGACAUCACCCUCGUAGUGAUGAGGGGAAAGAGAGCGCCAUCUACUGUACCCACCCAGAGAGAGGAAGACUGAUUGUGCUCUCUCAGGGCUCCGCCAGCUGAUGGCAAGCUGCAUGACCAGGAUUCUGGACCACUCAGAGCCCCAUGAUUGCUGUUUUUAAAGUGUGGUUGUUUUUUGCCAUCUUUCUCACAUGCAUACAUGAGUAUUAAGACUGGAUUAGGUACAUUCUAAGCAAAUUCUAACUGAACCUAAUUGUACUGGGGGAAUUCUGCCCCAUGCCUUUGUAUUAUCAGACGAUUCUUUUUUUUAUUUUUUAUUUGCCUAAAUGUUCUGUACAAAACAAGCAUCAUUGCAUGCCUUCCUUUAGUUCUAAUAAAUUAUGACUAUUUUGUCUA